AUGCUUCAUGAAACUAUUAGUCUCGCCCUGCUGGGCCAGCCUUUGGUCCCUGGUCUCAUGGUAGUCUCCGCUAUUCUAUAUUUGCUCUACAGCACCCAGCAAUGGCGUCCUAAAAAUCUCCCCCUUUUGAACGAUGCGGGGCCAUUUGACUUUCUCCAGGCGACAGCAGUGAAGCGCUUUCGUCGCGAUGCCCGGCAGCUCAUAAAAUCUGGCUUUGAUUCUUACAAUAAUGUCUUCGCGAUGCGUACGGAUGUCGGAGUCGAAUUGUUUGCGUCUCCUGAAUAUGCGGACCAGUUCCGCAAUCACCCUUCGCUGAAGGUAUUCCCGUUCACUGCAAAGAUGCAUCACGGUCAUCUUCCGGGUUUUGAGCUAUGCCGGUCACAGCCGGUUGAAGAUCGCAUUUUGAUAGAGUCUGUGCGAACACAACUCGCGCAGUCGCUUGGCAAAAUGAUCCAGCCGCUUGCAUCAGAUAUCGGUCAAGCAAUCAGCGAUAGGUGGCCUAGUGAAUCAGGUUGGCAGGAAAUAGCUCUUGGGUCAGUGAUCGAGCGUACCAUAGCCCAGGGUACAUCUUCUGUGUACUGCCUGGACGAGGCGUGGCCCGAAUUUGUGGUAAAGAUGGAAAUGGCGCUGGGUAUGGCGUCGGCGGCACUCUCCGCGUGGCCUGUGAUGCUACGACGAGUUGUAGCCAAGUUUCUGCCUGAGUGCCUGGAGCUCUACCGCAUCAUGGACGCUGGCCGAGAGCUCAUGAGCCGUGACAUGCGCAGGAGAGUGGCUCUGCAGGCAUCAACAGGCGAAGCACCUCUGAACUUCUUUGAAUGGUUCAAAGAAGCCUCGCACGGGGAAGAAUAUGACGAGCUCAUACUUAAUCUGCGGAUUGCCUUUGCAUCCAUGCAUGGCCUCUGUGACCAUCUUGUUAAGAUCCUCCUGCGCCUUUCCGAGGAUCCUCAGCUCGUCGACGACCUUCGUAAAGAGGUCAUCCAAGUCUACAAGACUCAUGGGUGGAGCAAAACGGCGCUGUACCACUUGAAACUCAUGGACAGUACGUUUAAGGAAGUCCAACGGGUGGAUCCAAUCCUGUUUGCAGUUGGCAGGCUCGCCGUCGCCGACGUAGCAUUGAAAGACGGCCUCAUCAUUCCGAAAGGCCAGUCUAUCCGGAUAUCCGGACACACAAUGUGGGAUGAGGACAAGUAUCCCGACGCCGCGCACUUUGACGCGUAUCGGUUCUACAAACUCCGACAGGCUCCAGGGCAGGAGAACACAGCACAGUUUACGUCACCUACCUCCGACCACCUGGGAUUCGGCUAUGGAGGCCGUGCCUGUCCAGGACGGUUCUUCGCCGCAGCGGUGCUGAAGAUAUCUCUUUGCCACGUGUUGAUGAAGUACGAUAUCAAACCGGCCAAUGGGGAGACUGGGCCACAUGUGUGGGAGUUUGCGGCAGCAAUCAACGCAAACAUGACCGCAAAUGUGCUAGUAAGACGGCGAGAGCCCGAGAUUCGGCUCUAAUUGCCGGCCUUUGAGAAUGGGAAAUUGAUCUCAGAGUUACAGCAAGAGGCUUGGUUUUUAUUGGAGGUUUUUUUACACCUAGAAUAUAGGGACCUGUGAAAUCGACGCCCAAAAUGACAACCUCUGGUGCCAGAAACGGC